AUGAGAAAUCAUACCACUGUGACAACAUUUAUUCUUCUUGGACUGACGGAUGAUCCAAAAUUACAGGUGGUCAUUUUUCUUCUUCUUCUUUUCACCUAUAUGUUGAGUGUCACUGGAAACUUAGCGAUCAUCACCGUCACUUUACUGGAUUCACAUCUCAAGACACCCAUGUACUUUUUUCUCCGAAAUUUCUCAUUUUUAGAAAUAUCCUUUACUACUGUCUGCAUUCCCAAUUUUCUUGUUAGCACGGCUACAGGGAAUAAGACCAUUUCUUACAAUAGUUGUGCAGCACAGCUGUUUUUUACUAUUCUUUUAGGGGCGACAGAAUUUUUCCUCCUGGCUGCUAUGUCCUAUGACCGCUAUGUGGCCAUCUGCAAACCCCUGCAUUACAUGACCAUCAUGAGCAGCAGGGUCUGCAACCUGCUGAUCUUUGCUUCAUGGUUGGCUGGCUUCCUAAUAAUUUUUCCACCUCUUGUUAUGGGUCUCCAGCUUGAUUUCUGUGCAGCCAACACUGUAGAUCAUUUCUUCUGUGAUGCUUUUCCUCUAUUACAGCUCUCUUGCACAGACACAUAUGUGAUAGAAUUAAUGACACUUCUCUCUGCAAUUUUGACACUUCUGGUUACUCUGGUGUUAGUGGUUCUCUCCUACACAAACAUCAUCAGGACUAUUUUGAAAAUACCUUCUGCUCAACAGAGAAAGAAGGCCUUUUCUACUUGUUCCUCUCACAUGGUGGUUGUCUCCAUUUCUUAUGGCAGCUGCAUCUUCAUGUAUGUGAAACCUUCUGCAAAGGAAAGGGUGCCUUUAAAUAAAGGGAUAGCUCUACUCAGUACUUCGGUUGCCCCUAUGUUAAAUCCUUUCAUUUAUACACUGAGAAACAAACAAGUAAAAGAUGCUUUUAAGCACAUGGCCAAAAGAUUGAUGUUUUCUUAA